CAAUAUUGUCUUCAAUUGUCUUCACUACCUCGUCGUUGUCUAAAAGUUGGCGCGGGUCGGAAUACUGAUCUGGUUUGUGGGUUGAUCUACUUCUUACUACCUUUCUUUUGUCCUUCUUCUCGCGGCACGUGGGCACUCUUUGCUGCUAAACGCUCCGCGUCGGGAGCCAGGCUGCCUCCUUAGAAUGUCAUUCUGGGGCAUCUGGAAACGAAGCUCUGCAAAGGAGUCAGUCGAUAAGGGGCCGUUGGCUCUCAUCGAGAAAGCGUGGAUUGAGCUAAUUCGCGAUGAGCGGCUCCUGCAAGAUUUCGAGGGUUCCAAAGCUCCGUCCAAGAUCGCACGCGAUAUCUUGAAUAUCUCUGACAUUAUCAGCACCGAAGAGCGCAGCGGGAACAGACGUGUGUGUUUACAGUUUGCGCUGGAUCAUGGCUUAUUCACCAAAAUCGCGGAAAUUACUCACUUGUGUGGGCUUUCGAUCAUACAGGAGUCAGUCGCCGCAUUUUCUGUUCUGAUCAAGAGCGGCGAAGAAGAUUUGAUGAGCAAUGAUCAAGUGAUACAGAGCAUAAACGUGUUCUUGUGUGAGUUGUACAAAGCGAAAGGCGACAGAAUAUUAGAAGAUGAAUUCAGCGAAAUGCUGUUCUCUGUUGCAUCUCGCUUGCGAGCCGAACCUCAGAGUAUAAUCAAGUGGAUCCGUAUGCCUGAGAACAGUGGGGAAAACACUCCCAUUGACAGUCAUGGUGUCGGAAGCAGGCACUCGACUUAUCUUGCACCCGUGAACGAGAGGGGUAACAAUGCGGACGAUGAAGAUCUUCCGGAGCUCAUAUAUGAACUUCCCAACGACAGCAGCGACGAAAUAAGCGUCCAAGAUGAGGGAUCGAACACGGAGGAGGCUGAUCAUGGUGGCCAGACAGAUACCCAGACGACUCCGAAAGCCAGCAGAAUCAAUAAUCAGGACGCGUACUUUGCACCCAUCGAUGAGAACGGCAGUGAUGAUCUCCCAUCCACUCCGAAAGCCCCGAACGGAGACACUGUCAACGACGAGACCGGUAAUAACGGUCAGGCUCCAGUGAAGAGCACGGAAGUAUCAAGUAGAUCAUCAGUUCAGCAAGAACAAUAUGCCACACCGGAGGGAAGCCCGCAAACAAACAACACACCGGAUACACCACAUGAUGCGAACAAUAAUGACUCAAAUGAAUCAUCACAAAAUCAAGAGGAUGACGUGGAACACAAUAUCAACGAGGCCUCACUGGCAAUCGACAGCCUUCUCACUGACCUACAAAUCGACCAGCGAAGGAAUGAUUUCCCUUUGUUUCACUUUCUACUGGACUUCAUCUACCACGAUGGUAAAUCAGGGGAAUUCUCGCGAACUGGAAUUAUUUUUAUCGUUGAAUCAGCUCAUCCGGGAUCGUCGCUAGAAAGAUGGAUUCUUGACAGCGAUUUCGGAACAUUGAUGGCUUCAGGCCUGGGCGCAUUAUACAGCCAGCUGAGUCGACGCCUUUUUCGAGCUUUUCAGUCUGCUCAAGAGCCAAAGAUUGUUGCAGUUGCCAAAGAAUCAGAGCGAAAAUAUAUCGGAAGCUCCAACGACGAUACUGCGAUUGGACCCGAAACCGCUGAAGAACUUGAACGCAACAAAAUCAAUCUCGAGAUUUUUCUUUCUUAUCUAGAGUUUUGGCAAGACACGUUGAGUCACUGCAAAUCUGCUUUGAUCCGAGCUAAUCUUUUGGAGAAAUUCGAUACGUUGUUUUUGAGACAGCUGCUUUUGCCUUCGUUGGUUGAAACUAUGGACGUCAAUAAUAGCGAUUUGAGCGUCGCGGUGAUGACCUAUCUCCGUGCUAUUUUUGACACUCUUCAGCAGAAAGAUAUUGUUGAAAUCAUCUUGUCUUGUUUGAUCACCAGCGAUAGAUCUGAGACUACCAAUGGCGACAAGGAAGACAAAUCCACAUCACAGUUCAAUAUGGUUCGGAUGAUAAUCGACGGUCUAGAUACCCGAUCUCAACAAACAGUGGGAUCUUCUUUACGACUCAUAUCCUCUCUGGUGCGAAGACACUAUCCCUACGUUCUCAACACCAUCUUCUCCGUCAAGUCACUUUCUGAGUCCUUCCAACCUACCGUCACUCCGUUCAAUGUGUAUGCUAAAGAACUGGAGUUUCUUCUAGAUCUUCUUCCCGAAGGUGAGGAAACUAGCGAGAUCGAGAGCCAGGCAUACGACAAUUACUUGAAGGAAAGCCGGAGAAUUAUAGAGUCUCACGCAUAUCUCCCGAAAAGUCUUUUAUCCGCAGAAAUGUCUCUGUCGCGAGAGGCCUCGGAUCAGAGCCGGCUUUUCAAGCAUUCAAUGAACACUGAUGACCAGACAUGGACGCGGCUUCUGCGCCUACUAUCGCAGUUUUUUGCAAACAGCGUGGAAUUAAAUUUGAUUCUCACUAGAGUGUUUAUCGAUUUGGCUAGCUGCGGGUGGAUGUCACUUCGUGGAUGGAUGCUUGUCGAUCUCGAAAAUGUGAAAAGCUCUUGCGAGAGACCUAGGAGGCGGCGAGGACCGGAGACGAGGAGUUUUGGUGAGACGCUUAAUGAGACGACGGCAGCAUCUUCAGAAUUGGAAGAUGAUGUUGAGAAGGAUAUUGAUCUCAAAUUGCUUGCUGAAUAUGCAUCGGACAUGUCUUACUCAUCCUCUGAUGAUGAUUAUGAUGAGUACUGGGGAAUGAAUUCAAAUGACAGAUUUGAGACAACCUCGUUUACUGAAAUCUCUCCCAUGAUGGAGGUUCUUUCGGCUCUGUCAAAGAAGAUUGAAAGUUUUGAGACCAAAAUACCAAACUUCUACGACCGUCUGGCCGAGCAUCGCGAAUUAAUCAGAGACGCAGAGGAUGUGAUUCCUGAUGUGGAUGUCUCUGCUUAUUCGAGUCCGGUGGUGCGCCAGAAGGACAUAGUGCAGAGGGUUGAGACCAGAACAUUUUCUCUGUCUCCGGUGGAUACUCAAAGGCGUGCCGAGGAAUUGUGGUAUUCCUCAUCGUCUCUCCCAUCUUCGCCAGCUCCUAUGCGUUUCUCAAGUGUUCCAAGUCCAUUAACAGGAGAGCUUAGAACAGGAGUGCUGUCUCGAUCCAAUACAGUUCAGCGGCAGCAAAGGAUACCAUCUUUACCCCCUCAUUUUUCUUCGUCCCCUUUGACUCUGCCGAAAAGGGGGCACGUGAACGCCAUCUACGUACAGAGUCAUUGGCCGGAGACUUUUUCAGCCGGUCGAUCGAGACUCUGCCAUAUGCCGCUGCCCGAGUGCAAACUCAUCGCAGAGUGCAAAGCAGUGCGUUGUCGAUCCGAACCUCUCUUGGAGACCGUACGAGCUAUUCGUCGCCUGUCCGUUCGCGUAACAAUACCAACCGCGAUGAAUCUGACAAUACUCCAACCAGACUUCCAAAGCUGCGGAAGGCUGGAUCGCAAGGGUCUUUGGAAGCGUUUGAGUCGCUCAUGUCGUCUCCUCCAGAACGUACUGAUCCAGGCCCGAGAGCUUAUACUGCAGCUGCGACGACGAGCGGCGCACUGUCGAUACCUGCUGGCUCGCAGUCGCCGUUUACUACGCCUCGCAUUUUACCGCUGAGUACAUCACCCGUUUUGCAGAGAACACUAAGCGAAGGCGACAAUGCUCUAUCCAAGCAAAUGAGCCCUGUGCAACUAAGCGAGGAGAUUAGAGACAUUUUCAAUAACAGUGUGUCAGAGUCGGACGACGAGGAUCUCGAGAGUAUUGUGAGCGAGACAAGCCCUGAGGCAGAC